AUGAGGAUGCGCCAAGGCCGUGUCUGCCCUAGAGCCUAUGGGUCAGACGCGGGACAGACCCGCAAGGUCAGGCUCGAUCGCCUCGUCGUCGAGUCAAGUUGCCAUAUCGACAGCAAAUCCACCUCGGGCGUGGCCGUUCAGAUGGAACUGAUGGUGCAGAGCACCGUCGGCAGUGGCCAGACCCGGCAAUGGGGCAACAUGGCGACGUAA